AUGUCGAGCACCUCGAUCAGAUUCCAAUGGUCCAGCGUCAUUGGGGCUGACAAGUAUUUCUUGGUUGUGGACGGGUCCAGUAACGGAGAGAGAUACAACCACAGUUUCACUACGCUGAGUGGACAGGUGGAUGGCCUCACACCUUCAAAGUCUUAUGACUGCUAUGUCUACUCUUCCAACCAAGCAGGACUGGGGGCCAGCAGCAUGACCAAGACGAUCACUACAUCCAUCAACAGGGUCAUGUCCAUCUCAAUGGACUACAGCUGUUCUAGUGGGGUGGUGACAGUGACAUGGGGACAGGUGUUUGGAGCCAACUUCUACAGGGCGGAUGCUAUAGAUGUGAACGGGACUGCCCUGUCCUGCACCUCUGCCUCAAACACCUGUCAGAUCACCAUGUUGAACUGUGGAGAGAGAUACCUGAUCCAGGUCACUGCCAUCUCAUUCGACUGCCAGAGCACCUCCAACACAUCCACAUACUUUGAGACAGUGCCCUGCGCUCCCUCCCAGCUGACGACGUACCAUGAGUGUUCUAGUAAUGUGAUCAUCUUCUCCUGGGCUCCCACCAAUAACACCAACUACUACAUAGCUACGUCGUUGGCCUCGGACGGACAGGUGGUGGAGUGUCACACCAAGGACACAGAGUGCUUUUUCACCAACACGGGCUGCGGACACACCUACCAGUACACUGUUUACGCCGUCAGCAAUUGCAACAGCGAAACCAGCUCCCCGAAGCACGUCCGGACCUCCCCUUGUAUCCCCCAGAACAUAGAGACGUCAGCGGGGUGUUGGUCUGAUGUGUUGAUCACUACCUGGGACAAGGCAGCAGGGGCUCUGUCCUACACAGUGGAGGCUCAGGGGAACAACGGAGACAGCUACAACUGCAGCUCCUUCACCAACAGCUGUGCCAUACCUGGUGUGGCCUGUGGAGAGAGUCUGAGUGUCUGGAUCACUGCCUCAGACGAUGACUGUACCACAGAGAAGGAGCUGGGAGAGGCUGCUCAGACUGUCCCCUGUACCCCUACCAACGUGUCAGCCUCUGUGGACUGCAGCCCCAACUCUGCCCUUAUGAACUGGACGGUGAGCAAGGGCGCAGGGUUCUACAUUGCCAUGGCACAGCACGCAGACGGCACGGUGCGAUCCUGCCACUCCCCGGGCCCUAACUGUCUCAUACAGGGCCUAACCUGCGGCAAGACCUACACAGCCAGCGUCAUAGCAACCAACAUGAAGUGCAACAGCUCCCAGAGCCAACUGGUCACUAUAGAAACUGGUUUUUGUCCCCCCACCAAUGUUUCAACGUCUCUGCAGUGUGAUGGCAACAUGGGCACUGUCUCCUGGGCGGCCGUUGCCAGGGCGGACAUGUACCUAGCAACUGCCACAGGUAACGACGGACACACCCACACCUGCAGCUCCAACUCCACUGACUGUUCCUUCACCGACCUGCUCUGCUCCGAGAUCUACGCUGUCACCGUGGUUACCAUCGACAGGGGCUGCCAUAGCGACCCCAGCCCUGACGUUGAACUCAGAACAGUGUGA